UCUGCCUUAAACUGCGCCUGCUCAAACCGGGCCGUGCUCUACCGGGGCGUACCACCCAUCCCACCAGCCACAUGAAGCCUGUGCUGCUUCUCCAGCUCCUACUGUCGAUUCACCUAGCACCACAGCUGGUGCCUGGCAAUCUCAAGCAACAUGUUCUGAAGUAUAUUUUGGAGCCUCCACCCUGCAGAGUGGCCGUUGAAAACUGCACUACAUUCUGUACGCUUCAGGAAGAUUGCCCGAAAGAACUUCAGUGCUGUUCUGCCUUCUGUGGGAUAAUCUGCACGUUAAACCAAAAGAAAAUCUCCAUGAACGUCGUGAUUAAGAGCCUUCCUGCACUCCUGACCUCCAGAACCCUUCUCUCCUCGUCCUCACAUCUGCGAAUCUCUGAGUCUGCCUCUCUGAAUACUGUCACAAAGCCCUGCGUCUGCAGACCCUGUCCUGACCCUUUACCCUGGGGCCCAGGACACUAUAUCUGGGGCCAAAAGUGUCACCAGCAUCUGAAAACAAAACUGUACUAUUUCUGCUCUUCCGUCUCUUGCCAAACACCAUCCUUUGCCCCACCCCCUGCCAGUGCUCCUAGGCUCUGGAGGUCCUCCAGCCCAAAGGAGGCUUCGGUUCAUCACCAGGGGCAUUAACCACAGUCUGCUGAAUGGAGAGCACUCCCAGAGCUGGGAAAGGGCAAUAGAGUGCUGAUGAGACAUCUCGUUUCCAAUCCUGUCUUGCAUCCGUUUUUCUAGGACCUUGAGCAAGACAAUGCCCUGUAUUUACCCUUCCUUUUCUCAUGCAUCAAAUGAGGGCUCUUUUUUCCAAGCCUGCAAGAUCGUAAGUCCCAAAUGAGGUCUCAAAAGGCCCACAAGGCAGGAGGCUCAAUCCUAAAAUGUCUUGUUCUCUGCUGUGUUCCUUGCCCUGAGCACAAUACCCUACGUAUGAGACAAGGGACAGAGCAAUGGGAAAAAAGGUACAGGAGAGUGAAGUCUGGGCCCAGAGCCAAAUACCCAGACUUGAAUCCUAGCUCUACCACUUUUGAGCUGAGUGACCUCAGACAUUCUAUUCAUUUCUCUCUCAGCAUCAACUUUCUCAUCUUUAAUACUAGAACAAUAAUAAUGAGAUUAAAAUAGAUCAUUCAUGCAAGCUCUACAUAAUAAUUACUCAGUAAAUUUUAGCAAUUAGGCAACCAUUUCUCUCUCAACAGACUGCUGCCCCUUGCAGUGAAACCCCAUGUCUUUCAAGGCUCCGCAAUCAGAGGCAGGAGCCUAAGUAUGUCUCUGUUGUCACCGGGUUCUUUGAGGUUCUACUUUCCCCAUGGCAGGACAGCUUAGCUUCCUGGUCUAGUUUUAAAGAUGCAAGUAAUAGAAAAUAAAAAGUUGUAUCUCUAAGGAUCAAGUUUCACCGGAAAAUAUCUGAAACGACUUUUCUUCUACAGAAACAAACACAGACAGGGAAAGAGGAAAAAAAUGACAAAUGAACCAUGCGUCCAAAGGUGUUUUGUAAGCAGCGGGGUUUGGCCUGGAUUUCCUGGUGUGUUGUCUCAGUUUCCCUCCUCCGCCUUCUCUAAAAGCUAACCUUGUAGUCCCAUAAGGUCAGCAUAGCCUUGUCAUCCAGAUGGGAUCCCUCCUCCGUUAGCCUUCUCCUGGGACUACGUUCUUACUCCCUGGGGCAGGAUGUGGUCCGGGAUGAGUUACGCCACAUAGGGCAGGCAGAAUCGUGGCCCAGGGGGAACACAGGGCACUCAGGUCUGAGCCUGUGCCCGGGAACAGGCACUACCAGCCCGUUCGGGUUGCUAGUACCCUGAGCAGGAAGUCAAGCUGAGCUCUUCACACUCUGUGUGGCCUUGGUCACUUCACGCUCCAUCUCCAAACCAUCAACUUCCUCAUGUCAGUGACUAAGAGUACACUGUGCUUCAGGUUUCGUGAGAAAAUACAAGGCCAUGUGAAAUGGAAGGAGCUUGUCAUUGCAAAGAUUCUACAAAGGUGAGAAGCCACCAGCAACUCACUCUUUCUGGGUUCCAUGUUUUUCCUCUUUAAAAAAACAGGGGGAUCGUCUCUAUUACUCCUUUGUCCAGAGGACAUUGGAGCCCUCUGCAAUUCCACAACUCUGAAAAGGUACUAGUCAUAAAUUGACGGAUGUUGUUUGAGACUUUAUGGAGGGAAAUGAAGAGCUUAGAGUCAUUCGAUAAUCUUCCUGAAGUCACCAGCUCUUCCAAGUUAGGACAGUGGUGUUUUUGCUUAAACUGCCCUUUUAUUAAUACCAUACAAAAGAGCUUGAUAAAUGACAGCCCGUGGAUGCCAGUGGAGGAGAGGAAGUGCACGAGCACACUUUCACCCUUGCUUGGGUCCUGGUGAGUCAGCUGUGCUCACUCCCUCUGCGCCUUGUGCAUAAUUAACUGCUCAGGCUGCACACUGGCUACCAGCAUUGUUACAUAAUCCAUCUUCAUGUCACCAUGAAGAUGCUGAGCUCAUGGUGGAACCCAGGUAUUACACCCAGGUGAAAGGAGAACCAGGCUGGUGCUACUAUGUAGGAUAUUUUUAUUGCAGUUUCAGAUUUACAUGGUUGUAGGUACAGAAGCCUUAGUAAGCUCCAUCUCAAUGCAUUGAGACAGGACUUCACCUUGGCUGGGCAGAAAAUCAUUCCCAUAAACUUGAAUGUGUCUUCUAUGGAACCACCACCCCUAUCCCAUUAUCUUCAGGAAGUGUACCCUAAUGCAUCGCAUUGACUGCCACAUCUGUUAGGUCCACGUGUCAGAGUGUUUGCUUUCCCUGAUCCUGCAGACUGUUCUCUGCAGAAUGGUUCCCCUCAACUGACCAUGACCGCUCUGGAGACCCUGGUGUUGCUGGGAAGGUCAGGUGAGGAAGGAGAUGGCAGUGCCAGUGAGGGCCCGAGAGAAAUGUUGAUCCUGAUUCCCAGAAAAUGCAACUCUGAGCCUCCUGUGGUGACCUGGUAUAGACAGAGAACAGACAGCCCAAGUCGACCUUGUCACAGUCUUCCAUGCACCUGGGCUCUGACAGGUGUCAUCAUUUUUUUUUAAUUGUGAGCACUUUAGCCAUAACAUGCUUCAUCUCAUUCAGUCCUCACAGCAACCAUAAUGCCCAUUUUACAGACUAGGAAACUGAGGAUCAUAGAGUUAAAGUAAUAUGCUCAGCAGUAGCCAACUGCAUGAUGAUGGAGCUGGAAUAGAAACCCAAUGCUUGAAAUGUCUUCUUUCCAAGGAAUCGCCACCUUGGGUGACUCAGUUCCCUUCCGCUGAGUGCACUUUCAGUUUCCUAGUUCUCCUGAAUUUCCCACAGAUGCUCUUUUCCUCGCUUCCAACUCAGGCCUCCUAACUCCUCAUUUCCUUUCACACUUGGAAACUUGCCUCACUAAACGUGGUCUCUCUCCAAGACUACACACGCUCCCCCUCUAUACUCUGACUUUAGCUCUUCUCUCUGCCCAGAAUGUCUUCCUCCCACCUUCCCGAUGAGCUCCCACUCAUGCUUCAAGUCUCAUGUUAAAUGAAAAUCUCCACGGAGGCUUCACCAAUUUACACCAGAGGAAAUGGGUCAUUCUCUUUGUCCCUGCACUGCACUGUAAUUGUUUAACUUAGUAUUUUUUCUCUGUCUAGAAUAUGUCUCAUAAAAACAAGAACUGUGUCUGACUUUUUUGCCACAGAAUGCUAGAACAAAACACCACACCUUGCACAUACUGAGACUACAAUUCUGACUUUUCAAAUGGGAUGCAAAGGAGGCUGGCAGGGAGUAGACUAAUCCUAGCAUUCGCUGAAUUGUUCCCACAAAGAAAAUCUUCACUGCGUAGUCCAGAACCCCUCAGUCAUUCACUGCCUGCGUCACUUUUGCCUGCUGGACUCAGCCUUUACACAUUUUUCUUAAAGGCUAAGUUAUAUUUGCUUUUGAAAACUGAGUAUAUGCUGAAAAACGAACAAAAGAGAAGCUUGGAAGUAUCUGUUCACAAAGGGUCCUGGCUACUCUGGGGCUCAGUCCAGCUCUGCCUACCCUGGCCUGGUGAUGCUGGGUGUCUCCAACUCCUCAUCUCUUUGUCUGUAAAUGAAGCCAAAUAACACCUUCUCUCAGGUGUGUCAUGAGAUGAAAUGAGAUGAUACAGGCAAAGCCUAUACCCCAUGGCCUGGCAAGAAUCUAAGGAGAAUGUUAUUAUUAUUAUUUGCAUCCCCUCAAUCCUUCCUUUAUCCAAAAUUCUUGUUUUAUAAAGAAAUCUAAGUGUAUGUUUCACCUUAAACUCACGUUUUAAAAAUUUCUCUAGGUUCCAUAUAAAUUAGCUCCCAAAUAAGACAAGCACUGUGUCUCUGAUCUGAAAUAUCUUCUAAGACAGAAGAUAGUUAUGGAAAGUACUCCAUCCCUGAAAGAUAAUGUGAUUAAACCAUGUGAUGAAGGGCCAGCUAAUUGAACAAUGAUCUCGAUUCCUCUACUAAACUUCCAGCAACUAUAGAAGAUAUUGUUUCUCUCUGUAAAUCCCUUGAGAACGUUACCAGCUUGGAAAUUUGUGGGGUUUUAGUCCACAAUUCCACUUUCCCCCAAUCACAACCCCUCCAAAUGAACUUCUCCCAAAAUAAAUGUAUCACAAAUCUGUGUCUCAUUCCUCUCUUCUGUGAUACCAUUCUAAUCUGGCUGAUCCUUGAUGACCUCUGGCCCAGACCUGGAAGCAUUUUUCAGAAAACUCUGUAGCUCCUUGACCACCAUGAGCUGCUUCAACCAUGUGGUUCAAGUUCACCCAGUGAGCCAGGCCUCUCACAUUAACAAUGGCUGUCCCUUGGACUCUUUCUGUAGAGCCACAAAGCCUAAUCUCUCCUCAUACAACUCUAAUCUGCUCUGCCUUCCCCCAGUUGGAGCCCAGGGUAAGUGGCUGCAAAGGAGAGUUUGUGCAUUAUCCCUUUAAGAGGGCACCUGUAUCUCUAACACACUGCUGUCUCUUCUUGGCAGACAGAAUUCCCACUGAUUUGCACAGCCAGAUGUUAUGUGGGCACCUCUUUCCCACUCUGGUGCUCUGGGAUGGGGAGUCUGGCUUAGUGUUGAUAUCCUCCUCUGUUCAAGGGGAACCUUUGUGGCUGAGAUUUCCCUCCAGACUCUCGCUGCCCUGGGAUUGGGGCCAGCCCUUUUCAUGGCUCCGCCCUUCCUUCCUGUCUCUCUGAGUCUUCUGUAAAUUCUUAGUUAUAAGACUUCUCUUCAGCUAGUCAUCAGUUGUUUGGGUUGAAUGCUCUAUAUUUUAGUUGUAAUUCCAGUUUUGUUCUGGGAGAAGGCGAAGGUAGCUUCCAACUACUCCGCUGCCAUCUUGGAUCCUCUGUAUCAAUUGUCAAAGCCUGUACUUUAACUUUUUACUCUGGGUACAAUAUGAUUAUAGUAUGAAAGGAGCCUGAGGCAGAAACAGGCAGUGAAGGGACUUGGGAAAUGCAGAGCCCCUAUUUCAUAGGCACCCCACAAUAUGGGCUUUCCACUUGAAGGAAUUGGGAAUGUUACAAGAAUGGGCCCCUGUUUGGAGGGAUUAGGAGGGUGUUAGGCUGCAGGGCCCAUACGCAUCACACCAACAGAAAACCAUUACCAAAAGAUAUACUACUAAUGAAAUAUGAUGUAGACAAAGAUGUUUAUUGAUAUUACUUCUGAAUGUAAAAUAGGUGAAUCAAAUUUAAUAUUAAAAAAAUAGGAGACUAGUUAUGUAAAUUAUGGAACAAACAAACAACACUAACCAGUUGACACAUUGCUGGCUGAAAGCAAAGGGAAUGUGGAUGAAUAACUGAAGAAUAAACCAAUAUCAGCCACAACCUUCCAACCAGAAAAGAGGAACGUAUUACUCUCUUCAUUGUAUCAUGGAUGUUUGCAAAUAUAAGUGCCAUUAAUAUUGUAUUGUGUGUGUGUUCAUUUUAGUUCUUUUUCAUCUCUCAUGUUCUCUUUUAUGUUAUAUGAUAUGUGUAGGUAAUGUUUUAAAGUAGAAUUUAUUGUAUGGGUACUGUAGUCAGAAUUGUUGAGUAACAAUCCCCUGACAAUAAAAUCUCAGUAGCAAGCAACAAUAAAAAUUUAUUUUCUGUCAUGGCUGGUGUGGCUCAGUGGAUGGAGCACUAGCCUGAGGACUAGAGAGUUCACCCGUACGAUUCCCAGUCAGGGCACAUGCCUGGGUUGCAGGCCAGGUUCCCCAGGCAGGAGCGUGCAAGAGACAACCGAUCAAUUGAUGU